AUGGCAGCGAAUGGUAACGGAGGUGAUGUACCACCAGCCGAAUCGGCUACUGUAAACACAAACAUUGUUACUUUAACUCGUUUCCUUACGGAAGAGCAAGUCAAGCACAAGGAAGCGACUGGAGAUUUCACAUUACUAUGCCACGCUCUUCAGUUCUCCUUCAAGGCUAUCUCUCACUAUAUUCGCCGAGCCACAUUAGUAAACCUCACAGGUCUUGCCGGCCAAUCUAAUGCGACAGGUGACGAUCAAAAGAAGCUUGACGUCAUCGGAAAUGAUCUCUUUAUAUCAGCUAUGCAUUCGUCGGGGAAGUGCGCGCUGCUAGUAUCUGAAGAGGAAGAAGAGGUAAUAUACUUCAAAGACCAGACGGGAGCUCGGUAUGCCGUAGCUUGCGACCCUAUUGACGGUAGCUCCAACUUGGAUGCCGGUGUCUCGGUUGGAACUAUCUUCGGCAUUCACAAAUUGGCCGACGGCUCGACAGGAACGAAGGAGGAUAUUCUGAAACCUGGAACCGAGCUUCUCGCUGCCGGCUUUACCAUGUACGGCGCGUCAGCCCAACUCGUUAUCACCAUGAAAGGCGGUACCGUCAACGGCUUUACGUUAGAUAACUCGUUCGGCGAGUUUAUCCUAACACACCCGAACAUGCGAAUCCCGAAGAAGAGGGCUAUUUACUCUGUCAACGAGGGUAACUCGCUCUAUUGGGAAGAUCAUACCAAGGAGUACUUCAACUCUCUCAAAUACCCACAAGAUAACGGCAAGCCCUACAGCGCCAGAUAUAUCGGUAGCAUGGUGGCCGAUGCGUAUCGGACACUGCUGUACGGUGGUAUCUUCGCCUACCCAGCGGAUAAGAAUAGCCCCAAGGGCAAGCUGCGAAUUCUAUACGAGUGCGCACCGAUGGCUAUGGUUUUUGAGAACGCUGGUGGCCAAGCGGUAGACAGCAAGAUGAGGCGGAUGCUCGAAGUCGUGCCGGAACACAUUCAUGACCGAUCAGGUAUCUAUUUGGGUAGUUACGACGAAGUCGAGAAGGUCAAGUCAUUCUAUAAAAAGUGA